AUGGCGGAUACGCAGCUACGGAAAAGCGACCAUCAGUUUGUCCAGAAGCCAGUCUGUUCGUUUGCGAGAGUCGAGAGAAGGGUGUGGGCGCCGCGAACUGCCGGUCUACACGAGUGCCCAGAGGGUGCUCAGAACGGCCGUGUUUAUGACUCCCUGUUGAACCUAGGCUUAUCUUGUCUACCUUUAGCUCCGACCUGCCUGACCUUGACCUCAACAGCCGGCAUGGAGGUCUACACGAGCGCUUCUGUCUUCGUCUUCUUUGCUUUUUUGGGCGUCGUGGCCAGCUUGAGGAACCUGAGAGCGACCGUCAUCACAGGCACUUUCAUCAAGCUGGAAUGGGAGAAUGACGUGAACGACAAGUAUUUGAAACCUGAAUACGACGUCCAUUGGGGAUGGAACUCCUCUUUGCAGACCAACGCCACGACUGCGAAGUUAACGGAACUAGAACCCGGCAAAAGCUACAUCAUCAGAGUUAACGAUGGCGGCAAGAGGCCGUUUUAUAAUGAGAUCCGGGUUUUGACAGCGUCGCUGAGGCUGUCUCUGCAGCGAUCUAACCACCUCCGGGUAGCGUGGGACUCAGCCUUCAAGAAUCUGAAAUCAGUUCAAGUGGCGUACAGACUGGAGUUGACAAUAAAAUCCAGAGUACCUUCAAGCAACUUCAUUGUCAACGAGACCAAAAUUGUGAACUCGAGUCAGGCUAAAAUACUGGAUAUGUCAGUCCCAUACUUUGUAAGAAUCACAGUCUGCCUUCAGACUCUACAGCAGAGAGAUGAAUGGUCCCAGCAAAUAUGUGAUUCUUUAACAACAAAUCCUGGAACGCCAGGACUUAUAAGAAACCUGAAGAUUACCCCGGAUGUCCAUUCUUUAGGACUGUCCUGGGAAGACCCGGACGACACUCCUCCUACAGGAUUACUGGACAGGGUGAAUAUAGCAGUGAGCAACACAUGCAAGACAUUGCUCAUGUUUCAAAGGGAUAUUCAUGGUUUGGUUCGCGACUCCGGAAAGAGGUCUUUUACCGUCACUAAUCUCCAACCAGAUUCAGACUAUACUAUUAAGAUGGGCGCCUUAAACAAAGGAUAUGGACAGUACAAAAGUGUGGAAUUAAACGCACGCACUCUUCCUGGGGUCCCAUCGUCGCCACGAGCUCUCCUUGCCCUGCCCUGGAGCAGCACAGAGGUCCUCCUGUCGUGGGCGCCGCCAAACGAGCCUCUGGGUGCCCUUCUCAACUACACCGUCUGGGUUAAUGGAAAGGUCGACACGUGCAAAGAGGACACGCUCCAAGUGCUUCGGUGCAAGAUAGAUGGCCUCACCCCUGGAGAGAACUACCACACUGAAGUGGCAGCGUGCAACAAACUUCAUUGCGGCAGUGUCGUUGCAAAAGAGGUCGCCAUGCCAUCUGCAAGAGUCUUCCCAGUGUGGAUCCCAGUCCUGUUCGCCUUACUUCUGUUCAUCGUCCUCGGGCUUUUGGCCUUCAUGCUGUGGCGAAGCAAGAAAGUGCUGAAGCGUCUAAAUGAAAAAAAUCGGCUCAUGGUGGGUAUGCAUACUCCGGCACCAGAUGGUAUUAGACAACCUGGAGAAGAAGCAGUUUUGGCCACAGAUAAGCCAGUCGAGAACCAGACGUCGAAUCCUGAUUUGCAUGUGUACGAAAGUCCGUACACCCUGGGAGCUAUUCACGAACCUCAAGUGAGCCAAGCUAGUAUUCAUUUAGUCGAAAAUCAUAGGCAAAACAAUGUCAGUGAUGCUACCUAUGCCAACAUAUCUGCAGUCAGUGAGCAUCAUUAUGCAAAUAUUUAAGUAACGUCUACUGAUGUUAUUUCACCCUGACUGGCCACGCCAAAAAAAUAUUUUGCCGCCAGGAGUUAUUACUUAGCAUGCAGUUGUCUUUGCGUUCUCUGUCCAGUUAAAUCAUUCUGGCUAAAGAAAUGAAAAUUAAUUGAUCCAUAGGUGCUAGUUAUACUAUUCAAUACUGCCAACAUAUUUAUCUGUAAAUAAAGAUGCUAUAUAAUUGUAAACAGUACCCUGUUUGUGUUAUUUUUUCUGGCUUAAUGUUUAGCCGUUGAUGGAAGCUUUUCUUUGAACUGA